CUUGUCUGCCGACCAGCUAGACGUGACUGGCAAAUGGCUGUAGAGGAGAUACACUUUUAUUUAUUAAAGAACAAUAAUUAUUUCAUUGCUUGGAUUCUGUUUUUUGCCAUAACGGGAACCGUGAAGGUACUCAUGUUGUCCGCAUAGGCUACAAUCGAGUCUUUGUGUACGGAAGUAUUUCUACUGUAUGUUGUACUUUAUGCACCACUUGACUCAGUUAAGAGAUGACGUAUAUUUGCUAGGACGUAUCUAAAUGUAACACGAAUGGAGAUGUAUGACAGACUCUUAUAAUUCUUAAAAGGUAUAGCGUGCUGUCAUAAGAAUGAACAGAUAUUUACUUUAGACCGUGCCGGGGUCAUUGACCGAACACAUGCCGGUCAGUAUGUUUGGGUUCGGUCGCAUCUCCGCCGAGGGGAAAGUCGGAAUCGCCUCGGGGGUAGUUUUUUUCUCAAUACUCAUUUCUAGAACAGUAAUCUCGGAGCGGGUUGACAAAGACACACGUGCACUGUUAUUUCGUAUUCAGUUUCUCCUGUUGCUCAACACCUUGCUGCUCCUCGGCUCUCUCUUUAUCUGGAAACGCGUGGUGAGGCGUCUGUUGGGGACCAGAGGUGCACUUACUUCCCCGCAGAAAUGCUGGCGGCUCGUUGUUCUGCUGUUUCUCACUCUCGCUCAUGGCAGCUACCUAAGCAUGUUCUUCCUCGUGGACACAGAACCACACUGGUUGUCAAUGCUGAGCUUCUCUUGUUUGGGUAUUUAUGUAAUCCUGUUGUUCUUCCUGAUGGUUUUUGGCUGCUUAAACCGCCUUCGCAGGCUUAUCUCCCCCAGCCGAAGUGAUGAGGAUGCGGUUGCAAGUGGAUCAGCCAGCCAGCCAGUGCUAGCAUUGAUAGUAACAGCAAUAUUGGCAGUGUAUGGUUUAAUAAAUGCUGCACAGCCUCCGCAGGUAAUAGAGGUGGAGAUCCCACUGGAGAAGCUCCCAGAGUCUUUGAAUGGGCUCAAGUUGGUGCUUCUGUCUGACAUACAUCUGGGACCCACAAUAGGCCGCACCAAACUGCAGAGCAUUGUUACUAUGGUGAAUGAGCUGGACCCAGAUGUGGUGGUGAUUGUCGGUGAUUUGACCGACUCUCAGGUGACUCGGUUGAGGAGUGCUGCAGAACCACUUGGACAGAUGAGGGCUCGACUGGGCUCAUAUUUUGCUACAGGCAAUCAUGACUACUACACUGCUGAUGUUGAAGGCUGGUUUGAACUAUUGCGCUCAAUGGGGAUCGAGCCACUUCACAACAGCCAUGCAAAAGUGUUCCGCCCUGAACAAACUCAAGACUGGAUUUGCCUGGCAGGCAUUGAUGACUUAGAGGCCCGCAUGCUACGGUACCCCGGCCAUGGCAUGGAUGUUGAGAAAGCUCUUAGUGGUUGCAGUGCACAGAGGCCCAUAAUUCUUCUUGCACAUCAACCCCAUGCUGCCAAACAGGCCCUCCAGCAAAGGCCAGACAUCAACCUGGUGCUCUCAGGUCAUACACAUGCUGGUCAGCUGUUCCCCCUCACCAUCCUGGCAUACCUGGCCAAUCCAUUUUUCUGUGGACUCUACCGUGUCUCUGAACACACUAUGGUCUAUGUUACCCCUGGAACUGGUUAUUAUGGCAUCCCAAUGAGAAUUGCAAGCCGUUCAGAAAUCACAAAAAUUAUACUUACACGUGCCUGAGUGAACACACAUUUUCCUCCAUACACAUUCAUUACCUACCUUACUACCUUGCAUGCUGUCACAAUCAGUUACAUUGUAAUUAUUUUGUAAUGUAUGCAUUAUUAUGUUAUCCCUUAUCACAUCUAUAUUAGGCAAUCUUUUCAAAAUGGAAAGUGUUUACAAUAUUAAUUAGUAUAAUAUCUGCACAAUCUUGAUGAGCAUAAUGGCUCAUGUGCAGCAUCUUGAUCAGAGACACACAUUCAUUCAGAAGCUUUUUUUUAUCAGUGUUGUGAUGUUCUGCUAUUUGUUUGCCAACAAUUAUCACAUUUUAAUCUGAUAAUAAUUUUCCAAAAGCUGAUUUGAAUGCUUUUGGACUGUUAUACCCAGGACUCUUAAUUAUAAUUGCAGAUUGUGACUGCUUGAAUCAAACUUGAAUUCAGUGCACUCUUUUCCUUUUCACAGCUGUAAGUCAAUCAGGGAUUUCUAAAUAAUCUGCUGUGAUCAUUAAAAAGCUUUGCUUAUUAAAGGUUGUUACAGCAGCAAUGCAUCAGUCUUAAAAUGCCUUUAUUAAAGGGAUAGUUCACCCAAAAAUGAAAAUUCUCUCAUAAUUUCCUCACCCACAUGCCAUCCCAGGUGUUCUUUAUUCUCUUGAACACAAACUGAAAUUUUUAGAAGAAUAUCUCAGCUCUGUAGGUCCUGAAAGCAAGUGAAUGGAAGCCAGAAAGCAUAUAAAGGCAGCAUAAAAGUAACCCAUAAGACUUACAGAAGCGGUGAUUGGUGGAGGUGAGACGCAUUAAUAGUUUAGUCCUUUUUUUCCCUAUAAAUUCUCCUCCCUGUCCAGUAGGUGGCCAUAUGUAGGAUGAAUGUGAAUCGCCAAAAACAAAAGUGGAUAUUUAUAGUAAAAAUUACUUUAUUUUUAUAUUAAAAUAUUUAGCUUUUUAUUACCAACACCUAUCAUAUUGCUUCUGAAGAUAUGGAAUUAAUAACUGGAGUCAUAUAGAUUAUUUUCUGCUGCCAUUUAUGUGCUUUUUGGACCUUCAAAGUCCUGACCACCAUUCACUUGCUUUGUAUUGACCAACAGAGCUGAAAUAUUCUUCCAAUCUUUGUCCAGCAGAAGAAAGUCAUACACAUCUAGGAUGACAUUAAAAUGAGUAAAUGAUUAAGAAAUGUUUAUUUUUGAGUGAACUAUCCAUAAUUCAACAGGAAUAGAUCUGAGUAUUCUAAACAGAAUAUUCUUAUUCUUAUAUAGGGGAGACUAGGCCUGCUUGUCACACAGGGAAGCCAUCAGAAAGGCUAUACAGUAUGUCAACUAUAAGAUUUUUUGUCAAAAUUUUAAUUUCACAAAUGCUAGCUUUUUUUAGCAGUAGUUUUGUUUGUUGGUGUUAAACACCCAAAUUGUUGUCUUUAGUUAGAGUAGGUUUUGUGAAUUCUAUCAUCCAAACAAAAAUUCCAGCAUGAUCAUAUUUUUAAAAGCUGUUGUCACAAAAUGACUAUGUGUUAAAAAAUAUUUUUUAUCGAGGGAAAUGGC